AUGUCCCUGCAGACUGCCUCGGUGUACCACAACCCGCGGGGGCAUGACAUUCGGGCAGGGGCAGCGGUUCCCGGCUACGGCGGCUUCAUCCCCUCAAAGGUAGCGGGAAACUGCUUCGGCAAGCGCAUGGCAUUGGACAACCUGCACGCUACCGAGAUGCGACGGGCAAACGAUGAGGGCGCCGAAUGGCGGACAAAUUGGAUCACUGCCUGCGAGACAAAUCGCAAAAGGUUGGCCCACGGAGCUUUCGCAGUGAACGACCACUUCCAGUUCACUCGCGACGAUCCAAAGCGGGACGUGUCGCGUCCUUGGAAGGUUUGGGAGCCAAAGGCUCCCCACCAAUGGAUCAGAUACUGA